AUGAUCAGAGGAGGGUGAUAGCAGAGCUGCAUUCCUAACCCAUUUCACGAUGGCUACAGUGCGAAUCUGCGUCUGUGGAGACGAAGGCACUGGCAAGUCCAGCUUGAUCACUUCUCUUGUCAAAGGUGUCUUCGUCACAAACAAGAUUCAGCCCGUCCUACCCCAGAUCACGAUACCUCCGACCAUCGGUACCCCCGAAAAUGUCACAACGACAACAGUGGUGGACACCUCCGCGCUUCCGCAAGAGCGGAACAACUUGGCAAGGGAAAUCAGAAAAUCCAAUGUGAUCCUACUUGUGUACUCGGAUCAUUACAGUUACGAAAGAGUCGCUCUGUUCUGGCUGCCGUAUUUCCGCUCCUUGGGGGUUAAUGUACCGGUAGUUCUUUGCGCGAACAAGUCCGACCUGGCUGCGGACCACACGGAGACACAAGUCAUUGAGGAGGAGAUGCUCCCGCUAAUGGCAGAGUUCAAGGAGAUCGAUUCAUGUAUACGCACCAGUGCCCGCGAGCAUCGAAAUGUCAACGAGGCUUUCUUUCUCUGUCAAAAAGCCGUCACGCAUCCCAUCGCACCGCUCUUCGAUUCGAAGGAGUCUGCUCUGAAGCCCGCUGCUGUCGCCGCGCUACAACGCAUAUUCUAUCUGAGUGAUAAAGAUCGGGAUGGUUAUCUUAGUGACAAGGAAAUGGAGGACUUUCAGAUGCGCUGUUUCGAGAAGCCUCUGAGCGAAGAAGAUCUUGUUCAUAUCAAGGAGACCAUCCAAAGGGCACAUCCUCACUCGGUCACUCCCUCAGGCAUUGACUGCCGCGGGUUCCUUCAUCUCAACAAGAUGUAUGCUGAAAAAGGUCGUCACGAAACAGUCUGGAUCAUUCUACGGGCUUUUCAGUACACGGAUAAUUUGUCCCUUCAAGAAAACUUCCUCCAUCCGAGAUUUGAAGUUCCCCCUUACGCAUCAGCUGAGCUGUCGCCAGAGGGCUAUCGUUUCUUUGUUAACCUGUUUCUUCUCUCCGACAAGGAUAAUGAUGGUGGAUUGAAUGACGCCGAGUUGGCGUCGCUAUUUGCGCCGACACCAGGGUUGCCUGCCUCUUGGGCGGAUGGCUCAUUCCCAUCUUCCACCGUUCGGAACGAGGCCGGUCACGUCACCCUUCAGGGCUGGCUGGCACAAUGGAGUAUGACCACUUUCACAUCGCCCAAGACCACGCUCGAGUACUUGGCCUACUUGGGAUUCGAGUCAUCCGACCGCAGCAAUCCUUCGACAACGGCGGCGCUUAAAGUCACGCGGCCACGAAAGCGAAGGAGACGGCCCGGACGCGUGGGGCGCAACGUCGUUCUUGGCCACGUGCUUGGAGCUCCGGGAUCCGGCAAAUCGGCUCUGUUGGAUGCGUUCCUCUCGAGAGGAUUUAGCGCCACCUAUCACCCCACCAUUCAGCCACGAACUGCUGUGAAUACAGUCGAGCUCCCUGGAGGGAAGCAAUGCUAUCUGAUCCUGGACGAACUUGGAGAGCUCGAGCCUGCAAUCCUGGAGAAUCAGGUCAAGCUUCUCGACCAGUGCGAUGUCAUUGUUUACACGUACGACUCUUCUGAUCCCGAUUCGUUUGCGUAUAUUCCAGCUCUGCGGGCCAAGUAUCCGCACUUGGAAGAGCUUGCGAGUGUGUUUGUUGCACUUAAAGCGGACCUGGACCGAACCACCCAACGGGCGGAGCAUCAACCUCAUGAAUACACGGCCAUGCUGAACAUGCCCAGUCCACCUCUUCAUGUCAGCGCUACGUGGAGUUCAAUCCAAGAAGUGUUUGUUCACAUUGCCGAGGCGGCUAUGGAGCCUAGCACGGCCUUCCCACGGAGUGAGGAAGAUGUCGAGGGCAAGUGGAUGUCGUGGGGAAUCGCACUGGGGGCGGUUGUCUGCGCGGGGGCAGCAGCGGUGAUGAUCUGGCGGAGAGUUAGUGGUAGUGGGGUCUGAGGGCGCUUCUGGUUCCCCAACACUAUGUACCGAUAGUUGUAAACCUAGAAACUAGAUACCCUUGACAAUUUUGCCUACCUGCAUUGCCCUGGGAUAUUGUACG